UUUGCCUUACGAGAGGACACCUUCUAGUUGGCUCAAGAUUUCCCCUAAUUAGCUUUUCAGGUGUUUCGUACAAAUUCUAUUACAAUACUGAAAGUAGAUCAGGCCCACAUGACUUGGAUGGUUUUGAUUCUCUGCUAGCCUACUAGCGGCGCUUCCACCAAUAGAUUACCUACACUUAUCACUAGCACCGUUAGAGUUUCCGAUUUCUCAUUUCUCACCUCUGUUCCAUAUGCGGGGUAGUUCUAGCUGCUGCGGAAUACGAAUUCUAUGCUGCUUCCGAUCCUAUCUCACACCUAGCCUUACCAGUUGCAGCGUGUCUUCUCUUCCCUGGCUCACUAGGUCUCCUUCCUCUCGUUUUAUAGACAACGCAAAGAACAUGAGCUCUUCUUUUCCUUCUUUUGGCCAUUCCUGUGGAAGCGGAAGAGGGUCGGAGAUGAAACCCGAUAGAGAAAGAUCGAGGGGUCAUGGUGGUACAGGAGGCAAGGAUAAAAUUGAUGCUCUUGGGAGACUCUUGACACGCAUUUUGCGCCAUAGGGCUUCUGAGUUAAACUUGAAUAUUCGGAGUGAUGGGUAUGUCAAAGUUCAAGAUUUGUUGAAGUUGAAUAUGAAAACAUUUGCCAAUAUUCCGUUAAGGUCGCACACAGUUGAUGAAAUUAAGGAGGCUGUUAGAAAGGAUAAUAAGCAGCGAUUCAGCCUUUUGGAGGAAAAUGGGGAGCUCCUAAUACGUGCAAACCAAGGCCAUACAGUAAAGACAGUCGAAUCUGAGAGCUUACUAAAAGCAAUCCUUUCAGCUGAGGAAGUCCCAGUGUGUGUACCUAUUGUAUUAUGUACUGCUCUUUUUCCUGCCCUUGCAGUGUGUGUACAUGGGACCUAUAAGAGGAAUUUGGAAUCUAUAUUGAAGUCUGGCUUAAAGCGCAUGAAAAGAUUGCAUGUUCACUUCGCAUGUGGCCUACCAACUGAUGGUGAAGUUAUUAGCGGUAUGAGGAGGGAUGUUAAUGUUUUGAUACAUCUUGAUGUUAAAAAAGCUCUAGAAGAGGGAAUGAAGCUAUAUAUAUCUGAUAAUGGGGUGAUCUUGACUGAAGGUUUUGAUGGUAUCGUGCCUGUAAAGUACUUUAAAAAGAUUGAAUCAUGGCCAGAUGGACAACUUAUUCAUUUUCAAACACAAAUUUGAUUAUGUGUGCUCCUUUUUCUUUUUUGAACCAUGCUAGCUUGGCAUGUAUGCGAUUUAGAAUGAAUGAGCUUUUUGCAACAAAGUCAUCAAGAAUAGAAUUAAACUUUUCUUGGAUGAUCCGUUUCUUAU